AAUCCAAUCCAAACCAAUAAUAGAAGAAAGAGAGAAAACUUAUUUGUUUUAGUGUAAUCCGAGAGGGGGAAGGGGCCUUUCCCAAAAUGCUCUCUUCAGGUAGAAUUACAGUACUUCCAUUAUCAUCAUCAACCAAUCCAAGAAAAACAGUUCCUAUAGUGACAAUUCAAUCCAAUUCAGAAUUCUUAAAAUCAAGAUUUUUUAGUUGUAACUGUAAACGGAAUUUGAAAUGGCGAUCUAUGGCUAUGGAACCCGAUGCUUCUUCAUUUCUUCCUCCUGUUGAUUCCGAUUCUGCUGAAAAAAAUGUUUCCGGAUUUUGUAUCAUUGAAGGACCAGAAACAGUGGAGGAUUUCUCCAAAAUGCAAUUGCAAGAAAUUCAGGAUAAUAUUCGGAGUCGACGUAAUAAAAUCUUUCUUCACAUGGAAGAGGUUCGAAGGCUAAGAAUACAACAGAGAAUUAGAAACACUGAACUUGGAAUCGUUAACGAUGUGCAAGAUGGCGAGCUACCUGAUUUUCCAUCAUUUAUUCCAUUUUUGCCUCCUUUGACUUCAGCAAAUCUCAAGGUGUACUAUGCGACUUGUUUCUCUCUUAUUGGCGGGAUUAUGAUCUUUGGCGGCCUUCUUGCCCCUGCUUUGGAGCUCAAAUUGGGAAUUGGGGGAACGUCAUAUGAAGAUUUUAUCCGAAAUAUGCAUCUUCCGUUGCAAUUGAGCGAGGUUGAUCCUAUAGUGGCAUCCUUCUCAGGAGGCGCAGUCGGGGUAAUAUCAGCAUUGAUGGUGGUGGAAAUAAACAACGUCAAACAGCAAGAACACAAGAGAUGCAAAUAUUGUCUAGGAACUGGAUAUCUUGCUUGUGCCCGCUGUAUAAGCUCAGGAUCUCUUGUUCUUGUUGAUCCAAAAGCCACUCUUGACGGUAAUGAUCAGCCUUUGUCACCACCUACAACUGAAAGAUGCUCAAACUGCUCAGGAGCUGGGAAAGUCAUGUGUCCUACAUGCCUCUGUACUGGAAUGGCAAUGGCAAGCGAACACGAUCCACGAAUUGAUCCAUUCGACUAAAGGCGUAGUUACUGUUAGAUGGUAAAACUUAUUUGAGAUUCUUAAAAUUCAAUCCUCCGCUUUGGUUACAACUACCUGCUGUGGACCUUGGCAGGGGGCACUACACAUAAAUUCUAAGAUUACUGUAUAUAUGAGUUAACUAUUUCUGCAAAAACCUGGUAACCAAGGUAUGUAAAGGAUCAUUUCUGCUUUGUUGUUUGUAACGAACUAGCAAUUGCCAGCAUUUAGUUCAUCUAUUUUAAACUUUCUUUCACCUCGGAA